GAUUUCAGUCGCUGUUUCCUCUCAUUUGAGAGUCACUCGCAGUUACAACACUCUGCGACAGUGUUACGGCUGUCAUGGUCUGCUACAGGAAAGUCCUCUUAGAUCUUCUGUGUUUACUGUUAGUUCACCAAAAUGCAGGCGCAUCUUGUCCAGCAGGUCAAAGGCUCAAUUAUAAUACGCGAAGUUGUGAGCCCUGCCUACGAGAACAAUAUAAAUCUACAAGUUCAACAGAUUAUUACUGUUCGAACUGCAGCAAAUGUAAAAGAGGCAGUAAGGAAAUAAAGUCUUGCACACCUACCAGUAACACUGAAUGCAAAUGUAACCCAGGCUUUACGCCUGUUGAUCAGCUAAACGAGAUUUGCAUCUGUAAACAAGGGUUUGGAAUUAAAGAAGGAAAGGAAUGUAAAAAAUGUGACGAAGGCUUCUUCACAGACCAAGAGGACUCAGAUUGCAAAAAAUGGAAAGAGUGUAAAAGUGGAAUUGCAAUCCCAGGCAGCAGCACUUCUGAUGCUGUCUGCAAAAAUGCAUCAAAAGAGGUGACAGAUAGGGUAGUGUGGUCUACCACCCUAUCCUGGACAACAACAAUCUCUACCCCUUCCCAGACAACCACAGUCUCUUCUACGGCCACUUCAAGAACUAAAGACUCCUCCCCCAACAACUCAGGGAAAGACAACUCCAACAGCUUGUGGCUGAUUAUGGUAUGCGCUGGUAUUCUUCUGUUGGCUGGACUCCUGUACCAUAAGUGUAAAUUCACCCACUGUAUUCAAAACCACAAGAAAGUGGAUUUUCGAAAAGAAAGUGUAUGCAGAAAGCCUGUUGAAGAAUCUGGGGAAAAGUGCCUGUCUUUGCUUGUCUAACACAUGGCGUCAGUGUUUCUUUUUGUGGAAUAUUUUGUAUGCAUGCAGUAUUAGUUGUUAUAUAACUUGUUGAAUUGCUUGUGUUAACUUCCAAUUUAACACCAUUUAAAUGGAUAAUUCACCCCAAAAUGAAAAUGAACACAAAAGAAGACAUUUGAAGAAAGUUGGUAACCAAACAUUUUUUUUUUGUUCUAUGGAAGUCAGUUGUUACCAUCAACCGUUUAGGUACCAGCAUUCUUCAAAAUAUCUUCUUUUGUGUUCAACAGAAGAAAGCAUGUCAUACAGGUUUGGAAUAACACGAGGAUGAGUAAAUGAUGACACAGUUUUCAUUUUUGGGUGAACUAUCUCUUUAAAAAAACAAAAAUAGUCAAUGCUUAAUUAUAAUUGUUUUAAGUCAUAUAACAAACUUUUUGAUAUAGUUAAUACUAUUAUUAACACUUUUAAUUCACUGUAGUUAAUGUUUUAAGAAUGAUGUAAAUACAUCAAGACAAAAGUAGCUAAGGGUUGUUUAAGACCCCGUUUGCACCUGUUUCGGGGAUCCCGUUUGCAGUUAGGGGUCCAAAACAAACUGUGAUUCAUCCACAUGUUAAGGUGUUCAAAGUCAUUGCACUUGUAGUGUAAAUGCUCAUCCAUUUGAAUUCAGAUGGCUAAUUAAAUAGAAGCCGUGAAUUGAUUUCAAUUCAUUACUUGGACAUAAAACUACUAAUCUACCGAUUAGUGGUUUUAAAAUGUGAACUUCACAUCGCCUAAACUUCAGACGGCAGCUGUAGGCAGAUCGAUGGAUGCCGUAACCUUAUAGAGUCAUUUCCAUGUCGCCACAGUUGUUUACCACAGAUAUGUCCUGUGAUGACUCAUGCAUUCCUGAGAGAAAUAUGACAAA